UACGUACGCACGCCCCCUGCCGGUCGCGUCGCCACUGCGCCGCGAUUGAUUUCCCCGCUCGCAAAGCGCGUCUCUCCUCGCGCCGCUUUGUCCUCGCCGUCUGGCGCCUUCCGAACGAUGGAGCAGCAAAUGCUGUGAAGAAGGGAGGACCCGAACGACCGAGGCCCGCGCACGAUGAUGUCCUCUUACUACCAUCCAGCCAAGGAGGCGGACAUGGCGGCCAUGGCGGAACCUCUCUGCUUAGAAAGAGAUGUGUGUCGGGUGAUUGAGCUGCUGGACCGGCUGCAACGCAGGGGGGAAUUGCCUCCUCCCAAAUUGCAGGCCCUUCAGAGAGUGCUGCAGAGCAAGUUUUGUGCCGCCAUACGAGAGGUAUACGAGCAGCUGUACGACACUCUUGACAUUGUCGGAGGACCGGAGGUGCGAGCGCAGGCGACGGCCAAGGCCACGGUGGCGGCGUUUGCGGCCAGCGAGGGCCACGCCCAUCCCCGGGUGGUGGAGCUGCCCAAGACCGACGAGGGGCUGGGCUUCAAUAUCAUGGGGGGCAAAGAGCAGAACUCCCCCAUCUACAUCUCCAGAGUGAUACCCGCGGGGGUGGCCGAUCGUCAGGGGGGUCUGAAGAGAGGAGACCAGCUGCUGUCUGUCAACGGAGUGACUGUGGAGGGGGAACACCACGAGAAGGCCGUGGAGCUCUUGAAGGCUGCCCAGGGCUCGGUCAAGCUGGUGGUGCGCUACACCCCAAAGGUCCUGGAGGAAAUGGAAGCUCGCUUUGAGAAGAUGAGGACUGCCCGCAGGCGACAACAACACACCAGCUACACUUCUCUGGAGUCCAGAGGCUAAGGUGAGCCCAUGUCUUCAUCCGAGCCGGCGCCCCUCCGGAGGCAUGAAUAUAGACGACGAGUAGCAAACCAAAGUUAGCCCACUUAUUUACGCCCGCGACCCGAAAGGUAAACCAAACAAACCCUUUUCCCGGUUCCGUAGAGAAAUACGACGCUAGCUUGUAGCGUCAAAUCCUGAUGUGAAAUCGUCUCCGGUGUCCAAGCGACCUAAAUGUCAUGUACUUUGUACACGUCACGUGGCUCGACUAGAUCUUAGCGUUCCUAUUCGGAACGGCCGCGUCCGCUUCUCUGUACCCUUCAAGAGGUUUCGGGAAGUGUGUGCGACGUCCAAAUGGAGGAAGGACCACCCCCGGUGGCUGCGCUGUGUGACUUCGGUUUUUAGAUGUUGUGUGCUUAUUUAUUUCCUUCCUUGGGAUACUCGUGAAAUAAAUGGUGGCAGUCAA